UAUCCUUAUGUUAACGAAAAAUCCGGUAAUCAAUCUCCACAUGGGAACGAAGUUUCGCGAUAAAAAAGACGUAACAUAAUUAUUCCUUCUCUCCAUCAAUACAUAUCUACUAUCUUUCCAUCUCCAUUAUCUUUCUUCUUCAUUCUCCUUUAUACUCCUUCGUGAACCUUCUAGAACUAUCACCAUAAAACAACUCCUCCUCCGCCAUGGCUCCGUCGGUGGAACACAACGGCGAGUCUCAGAAAUCCACUCCGACGCCGUUUCUCACCAAGACAUACCACCUUGUGGAUGAAAUCGCCACCGACGAUGUGAUUUCGUGGAAUGAUACUGGAACUUCCUUCAUCGUUUGGAAUCCAACCAUUUUCGCUAGGGAUUUGCUUCCUAAAUAUUUUAAGCACAACAAUUUCUCUAGCUUCGUUCGCCAACUCAAUACUUAUGGAUUUAAAAAAGUUGUACCUGAUCGGUGGGAAUUUUCGAAUGAAUCUUUCCGAAGAGGUGAGGAACGGCUUCUCGGUGAUAUUCAGCGACGGAAAAUCGUUUCAGCAUCACUGGCGGCAGCUUCCAAUGCCGGUGUGACCGCGACAAAAACGGUUCCGACAGCAAAGCCUAUCGCGUCGCCGUCAAUUUCAGGAGAGGAGCAGGUUAUUUCUUCGAAUUCCUCGCCGUCGAUUUCUACGGCGGCGCUUUUAGACGAGAAUGAGAGAUUGAAAAAGGAGAACAUGCAGUUAGCGAAGGAAAUGGAGGACAUGAAAUCGCUCUACAGCAAUAUAUUCAAUCUUCUGUCGAAUUACGUGAAUUCUCAAACGGAAGGCGGUGCGGAAGGAAAAGAGUCUUGCUCAACGGCGUCGCCGGUGAAGACGCUUCGUUUGUUACCGGAGAAGCGGUGCAACGGCGAAGAUGCAGCGGUGGAAGAUAGAAACCCGAAGCUGUUUGGAAUAGCGAUUGAUGCGAAGCGAGAGAGAGAAGGACGGUGUAUUGAGGAUGAUGUGGUGUUGAGCCUGAAUCAUUCUGUUCAUGUGGACUUGAAAUCAGAGCCGUUUGAUUCAAGGAAGGGUGAAAAGAGGAAAAUGAUGCGGCUAAAUCAGUGCUAUAGAGCAAAUCAGAGUGUUUGCAAUUGACAUACGAAGUUGUAUCAGAUAGGGAAAACGUUAGGCUAAGUAAGGGGUAGUGGAUGACGUACACACGAUUGGAACUGGUUUACCAGAAGCUUCUCAGAAGAUAACGAUACUUUUAUUUCUUUUUCA